AUGUCUGGGACUGGGCAUGUCUCACCACUCUUCAGUCUGCCUCUAGAGCUCCGCGAGGAAAUCUAUAAGAGCGUUCUUUCUGGUCCCAGUCAAGGCUUGGACAUACUACGAACUUGCCAAGAGAUUCAACACGAGGCACAAAAGUUCCUCUAUCAGAGGGAAUUGAUCUUUCCAAGUCAAGGAGCCCUGUACGCAUGGUUGGCCAAAACCCCCCGCGAACUGAUCGCCUACGUUUCGAGUAUUACCAUCCACGUCCAAGAUGUUGAUCUUAGACCCAUACUUGGGGACCUAACUUCGAGCUAUCAGUCAGCAACUCCUUUGCGUUUGUCAACUUCGGAGCUGUACCGGGCAGAAGUGGGCAGCCUCGGGCAGGCUUUGAAGGAGAUCCCAAAGCUCAGAAUCAUCACACUUCGAGCUCUUCUUCAUCAGCCAUCGAUGUUGUACCGACAAUUCACAACGCAAGUCUUGAGGGUGGUCAGUGCAUCCUGUCCACAUUUGCUGGAUCUCCGCUUAGAAGGCAACUUUCAUCACCAGGGACUUGAGUUCUUGGCGACCCUAAAUAGCUUGGAAUCUUUGUCAUUCGAUGGCUUCUCGUUGUCAUCGCCGGUCCAAGCCGUCAAGAUCCUGGCCAGCCUCAGUCACCUUCAUAAUCUAUCCCUGGUCUCGGAAUAUGCACCAUCCAACCCCGACACCGGCUUGGACGGAAACCUCACCGCGAAAGGAGGACACUUCAAGGAAGAAGUUUUGCGCACCGCCAGACGCCUCCCUUAUGUUUCCACUGCUGAAGAAAUCCCUGUUCUCUCACCUACUUCCUUCUUCAUCUCGGAGGUCCUCAGCUCAUUGCACGAUCACAACGCAUUGAACAGUAUCUCAAUACGACUGUCUUACACGCCAAAUGUUGCGACAUUAGUUUCUUUGGAGGAAUUUUUGAAAAGAUCGCCCAUUACACGAUUGGAGCUCGACUGGCCAGAUUUGCAACCUGAUGUUUUACAGCGACAUUGCUUGUUGGGUAGCCAUCUGAAAACGGUUUGGGUGAAAAUACAUUACGAAUCAUACGCAAUUGAGAUAUUAUGGUCAAUUGUUGAAAAUCGACAAGCUGGCGACUUAAACAACCUGAGAAAGGUGGUGCUGAUCCGCCCUAUAACUUUUUGCGGAGGCGUACGGAGCCUGCCACACGAUGAGAGGAAAGAGGACCCACAGCCUGUUAGACGGCUCGGUAGCGGUCUAGGAAACUUGCAGUUGAAAUCAUAUCGUGCGGCAAUCAAGACGGUGCCCAUAUCCGGCACUGUGUUGGCAAAUGACGACCGGGAUAUUGUUCACUUGUUUUCGGACGGCAAAGAAAACCCCCUCGAUGAUAUCAAUUCUUAG